CUUCAUGUCUGCCAGUUAGCAUGCUAGCAAUCAACAACAGAAUAUCCCGGACAACUAGCGUCUUAAUUUAACCCAACACAAAGGGGGCAAACUGCUUCCAUCUGGCGUGUGCUGAUGCAGAUGGACAUCAGGACUGAACAUUGACGAGUGGAAGUGACGGAUUCCAUCUCCUCACCCUCUUGCCCCCGACACCUUCUGUCACGCUGGCAAUGUCAAGAGUCCCGAGUCCCCCUCCCCCUGCGGAAAUGUCCAGCGGGCCCGUGGCCGAGAGCUGGUGUUACACACAGAUCAAAGUGGUGAAGUUCUCUUACAUGUGGACCAUCAACAACUUCAGCUUCUGUCGUGAGGAGAUGGGAGAGGUCAUCAAGAGCUCCACCUUCUCUUCUGGGGCCAACGACAAGCUGAAAUGGUGUUUGCGAGUGAAUCCGAAGGGCCUGGACGAGGAGAGCAAAGACUACCUGUCUCUCUACCUGCUGCUGGUCAGCUGUCCAAAGGCCGAGGUGCGCGCCAAGUUCAAAUUCUCCAUCCUCAACGCCAAGGGAGAGGAGACCAAAGCCAUGGAAAGCCAGAGGGCAUAUCGCUUUGUCCAAGGGAAAGACUGGGGCUUCAAAAAGUUCAUCCGCAGAGACUUCCUCCUAGAUGAGGCCAACGGUCUUCUACCUGACGACAAGCUCACGCUCUUCUGCGAGGUGAGCGUGGUGCAGGACUCGGUGAACAUAUCUGGGCAGAACACGAUGAACAUGGUGAAGGUUCCUGACUGCCGGCUAGCGGACGAGCUGGGGGGAUUGUGGGAAAACUCCCGCUUCACAGACUGCUCCCUGUGUGUGGCAGGACAGGAGUUUCAGGCUCACAAAGCCAUCCUCGCAGCACGUUCCCCUGUAUUCAGCGCCAUGUUUGAGCACGAGAUGGAGGAAAGCAAAAAGAACCGUGUGGAGAUCAACGAUGUGGAGCCGGAGGUUUUCAAAGAGAUGAUGUGCUUCAUUUACACAGACAAAGCUCCCAACCUGGACAAGAUGGCUGACGACUUGCUGGCCGCGGCUGACAAGGUAUUAGAACAAUAACUGAAGGUCAUGUGUGAGGACGCGCUGUGCACCAGUUUGUCUGUGGAGAACGCAGCGGAGAUCCUCAUCCUGGCGGACCUGCACAGCGCCGACCAGCUGAAAACUCAGGCCGUCGACUUCAUCAACUACCACGCUGCGGAGGUGAUGGAGACGGCGGGGUGGAAGUCCAUGGUGGCGUCUCACCCUCACCUGGUGGCCGAGGCGUACCGCUCCCUGGCCUCGGCGCAGUGCCCCUUCCUCGGACCCCCCCGCAAGCGCCUCAAACAAUCCUAACAGCAAGACGCUGACACCCAUGCAUACGCACACACGCUCAUGCAAAUACACACAAAGACACACAGACUCCCCCCCUCACGCAGGGACAACCUUUCCCCUCGCUGUUAACUAGUUCACUACCUACAGCCUCCCCCGGACCCCCCCCCCCCCCCUUCUGCCCCAUCCAAACCUGCUGUAUUUAGUCUCUUCUAAAGACGGAGGGAAGAAGGAGGAAGAGGAAGUGGAGGUGAAAGAGAGGGGCUGGUGAAGUGGAUGUUUGUUGUUUACAAGAAUAAAAACAAUACCCCUCCCCCUUUCUCCUCGGCUCGGGCCCAGUGAGGUCUGACAUUGUGCUCCUAUCUUUGUGUGAAAACCAAACCCCUCGACACCCCGUUAGUUCCUACUUUGGAAUCCGUUCGGGAGGAAGGACUGGACACCAAAACCCCAAAAGAGCCGACUGUCAGGGGAUGAGGAGGAUGAAAGGAUCAUAAGGCUACUUUUUGCUCUGUUUGGAGUCCGAAAUGCCCCCAAACUCACGAACACAUGGGCCUGCGAGGGACAGAAGAAAUGGGCCUGUUAGUUACAAACUAGAAACCCCCCCCCCCCCCCGAGAAAGACAACAAGGGCUAGUCUAAAAAGCAGAUAUGGGACAAACUUAACGUUAAUUCUCCUUGAGAAAGUUGGAGAAACAUUGCACUAAAGUCACAGGUCACCCCUUAAGAACCCUUACCAGCAGUAAAGUAGUAAUACUGUAGGCAAGCACAUACUGAAGAGAGCUUCAUGAACUAAAGACCCAACAGGACCACCAAGAACAAGAACCCUUUAAGAAGACAGAAACAACACAUGUACUCCAAAAACUCUGCUUCAUUCGCAUCCGUUUCAUUUUUUUUUUAAAGCUGGGAAGAAACAGUAUAGAGAGGGUACAGAAAAGCAACUGGACGUCAUUCUUGGGGAGAUUGUAUUUUGUGUGUGGAUCUGUUUGUAUAGCCUUGAGAGGAAAACAUCUCAAGGUUUCGACGGACAAACCAACCAGGAGGCAACAAAUUGUGCCUCAACUAGAAUUGAGAUUGAAUCAGGCAUGUUGAUGCUAUUUUGUUUCUUAUUUGUUUUUUCCCCCAGAACUGUCAUUUCUAUUUUUUUCAUAGGAAUUUGUACAGAGACCAGUGAUUUUGAAGCUGUGUAAACAAAAAGCAUUUUCCACCGUGAAAUUGAAAAAAAAGCGGACUUGUUUUCUUUGCAGGCAUAAAGACUGAGGGGAAAUUGAAAUGAACACGUUUUAAUGUUCAGAAGAGACAGAAUGUGAAGAGAUGCACACCGAGGCAAACCACAUCAAAUACAUUUGAAGUUAUAAUUUCAAACUGGCGGAAAAUGGUAAUGAUCGAAGGAACUGUCGUUUCUUUCCUGUAGAUAUCGCUGGUUAUGAGAAGUGACACUUAGUUGUUGCCAAUUUUUUGUUCCCAAAAGAUUAAACCACAGCUAUUUUGUAUUGAAUGCAAUGCAAA